AUGGCGGCGGGACCGGGACCGGGCCGAGGCCCAUGCACGGAACCGGGGGACGGCCCAGCCCGCCGCGACCCGUCUCGAAGCAGGGACUCACCCAGCAUCUGUUCUUCACGCAGCCUCCCGAGCGGCAGCCGGGAUGGGGCGGCGGAGAGCGGACCGGCGAGAGGGCCGGCGGCGGGCGGGCCCCGCGGCGUCCCCGGCGGCUGGCAGGUGGUAGCCAGGCGGAGGCGGGCGGGCCGGACGGCUGGGAGGAUCGAUGUGUGCUUCGUGAGUCCUGAAGGGAACAAGCUAAGAUCAAAAAGAGCACUUGUGGAGUAUCUCCGGAAAACAGGGGAGACAAGGCUGAAAGCAGAAGACUUUGAUUUGACAGCUCCUGAUCUGCUGAGAUGGAAAAGAGACAUCAGGGAAGCUGUGGGAACUGCUGCAGAGAGUGCGGGGUGUCAGGGGCAAGGACUCAGUGAACAGAACGGUGCAGGGGACAGAAUUCAAACCACCCAGGUGGAAAGUGAACACCUGGAAGAUGUGACAACCACUCUGAAAAGCAAAGGUUUGAUUGUGAAUGGCGUAAACCCAGAGGACUGUCUGAGACCAAACAAAAGGGGGCAGGUGGAAAAAGGGCCCAUAAUAGGAGAACUAGAAAGAGCUCAGAAAAGAGGAAUGGAGAGAACACCCAGAGUAAAAGGCCAAGAGCAACACAUAACAAAGAGGAAACCGAGUGCAUUCAAAACAAGAGAUUGUGCAGAAAGGCAGAGCUGGGUGUCAGUGACCAGAACGUGGAGCCUGUGGAGGCAGGGAGAGCUCAGCCAAGGGCUUCCAGGUCAGGGCCAGCCACACGGCUGAGGUCCCUGAGGGCUGGCUUGCAAAGGAAGCUGGAGAGCCCAGCAGAGGAGGAGUGUGUGGACACAGCUUCUGGUGACACAUCUGCAAAACCUGAGGGGAAAAACAAGGGAUUGAGAGCAGGAAGAGAAACGGAGGGAGGGGAUCCAGGUCACCAGGACUUUAAACCUGACACUGGCACAGAUGCUGAUGGUUUGCAGCCCUGUAAGAGAAGCUUCACAACAGCUAAAAUGAUGCCAGAAGGGUCUGUGCCACGAACACAAGUGGAUAGGAGGAAAACAAGUCCGUAUUUUUCAAGUAAAUACAGUAAAGAAGCUCCCAGCCCACCAAGAAGAAAGGCCUUGAGAAAAUGGACUCCUCCACGUUCUCCUUUUAAUCUGAUCCAAGAAACACUUUUCCAUGAUCCAUGGAAGCUUCUCAUUGCAACCAUAUUUCUCAACAAAACUUCAGGUAAAAUGGCAAUUCCUGUGCUCUGGGAGUUCCUUAAGAAGUAUCCUUCUCCUGAAGUGACCCGGGCUGCAGACUGGAAGGAAAUGUCAGAGCUGCUCAGACCUCUUGGCCUCUAUGAACUCAGAGCUAAAACUAUCAUCAAGUUCUCAGAUGAGUACCUGAGCAAGCAGUGGAAGUACCCGCUGGAGCUGCACGGCAUCGGCAAGUACGGCAACGACUCCUACAGGAUCUUCUGUGUCAACGAGUGGCGGGAGGUGCAGCCGCAGGACCACAAGCUGAACGUGUACCACACCUGGCUGCGGGAGAACCGGCACCGGCUCUGCCUGGGAUGAAGGCGGCGGGGCUGCUCCUGUUAAAUCUGUGUCUGUGACGUCGGCGUAAUAAAAUGUUUGAAUCCCUA